GCUGCCUGGGGUGGGGGAGUCAGUCAGUGUUGUGUGACUGACUGCAACACCGCCUCCUCCUCCUUCAUCACCACGCUGCUGCUGCUGCUGUUGUUGUUGAAGGCGAUGGCUGGGGCUGCGUGCACGCUGCUGUCUCUCUGCCUCAGCCUGGGGCGGCUGCCUUCAGCUAGCGCCUACUUUUCCGAGGAACGGCAGCCCGGCGAGUCGCCGCUGCAGAGCCCCACCGUGCUGAUCGCGAUCAUCGCCCGGAACACGGCUCACACCCUGCCUUACUACCUGGGGGCCAUAGAGCGGCUGGACUACCCCAAGCACAGGAUCUCCAUCUGGGCAGCAACGGAUCACAAUAUAGACAACACGACCGCUAUCCUGCGAGAGUGGCUCACCAGUGUGCAGAGGUUUUACCAUUACGUAGAGUGGCGCCCUUUGGAUGAGCCAGUAUCCUAUCCUAAUGAGUUGGGUCCCAAACACUGGACCCACACUAGAUUUGAAUACAUAAUGAAGCUGAAGCAAGCUGCCCUGAAAUCAGCAAGGAAACAGUGGGCCGAUUACAUCUUGUACGCAGACACGGAUAACAUUCUCACAAAUGACCAGACGCUGAAAAACUUGAUGGCGGAGAAUAAAACUGUCAUAGCUCCACUGUUGGCAUCUCAGACUGCGUACUCGAAUUUCUGGUGUGGGAUCACUCCUCAGGGUUAUUACCGCAGGACGACCGAGUAUUUCCCCACGAGACACCGGCAGCGGUUGGGCUGCUUCCCGGUUCCAAUGGUGCACUCGACCGUGCUGGUGGACCUGCAGAAGGAGGCCUCACGGGACCUGGCGUUUUUCCCGCCACACCCAGAGUUCUCCUGGUCCUUCGAUGACAUCAUUGUGUUUGCUUUCUCGUGUCGUGCCGCAGAGGUUCAGAUGUACGUGUGCAACAAAGAGAGAUACGGAUUCCUCAACGUUCCCGCCAAGCCCGAAAGCACUUUGGAAGAUGACCGCCUGAACUUCGUGCAUAUUAUGUUGGAUGCCAUGAUUGAUGGACCUCCAAUGUACCCAUCGCGCUUCACCUAUCUCCCACCAAAGUAUCCGGAUAAAAUGAUAUUUGAUGAAGUUUUCCUCAUAAACCUCAAACGACGGCCAGAAAGACGGACGAGAAUGCUUCAGGCAUUGUAUGAACAGGAGAUUGACUGCAAAGUAGUAGAUGCUGUGGAUGGGAGUGCUCUGAACAGCAGCACCAUUAAAUCAAUGGGAAUUAACAUGUUACCAGGAUAUUAUGACCCAUUCUCUGGCAGGACUUUAACCAAGGGGGAGGUUGGAUGCUUUCUUAGCCACUAUUCCAUCUGGAAAGAGGUUGUGGAUCGAAACCUGAGCAAGGCCGUGGUGUUUGAGGACGAUGUGAGGUUUGAGGCUUACUUCAAGAGGAAGCUGGUGAGACUGCUGAGAGAGAUAGAAAAUGUCGGAUUGAAUUGGGACCUGAUCUACCUUGGUCGGAAACAAGUAAAUCCCAAACAAGAGGAGGCUUCAGCAAAUGUUCAGAAUUUAGUGGUCGCUGAGUACUCAUACUGGACUCUGGCGUAUGCCAUUUCGCAGCAGGGAGCAAAGAAAUUGAUCGACUCUGAUCCAUUGAAAAAGAUACUUCCUGUGGAUGAGUUCUUGCCCAUCAUGUAUGACAAGCACACAAAUGAGGAAUAUAAGAAAGUCUACCCCAAGCGAGACCUGAAGGUGUUUUCUGUCCGUCCGUUGCUUGUGUUUCCCACUCACUACACUGGGGAUCCUGACUGGCUCAGUGACACCGAAACCUCCACCAUUUGGGAUGAUGACUCGAUGAAGACGGAUUGGAGCGGCUCGCAGAAGACGCUGAAGGACUCGCAAAGGGGGGCCUCGCGUCAGUCCAUUGGCUCUUCCUCCAGGGAUGAACUCUAAUCCUGACAAACAGUUUUCAGAAAGUUGACUUUCUGCAGAAGAAGAUGAUUUGGAUGGACAGACCUGUCGAAGCUUGAAUGAAGAUUUUUCAGCUGCAAUGUUGCAUACUUUAAUUGAAGCUCAUCCAUCAGACAAAGGCCGUACAGCUGAAGAGAUGAACCUGGACGACAAGCAAAGUUGUUCAAGACCCUUGCAGACAUACGUGUGUGAAACAUGGAAUUGUUACCCAGCACUGAAGAAAGGUGCAGCCGAAUCUUGAACCCAACUCACCAACGAAAGGAAGAAAGAUGUGUGUCUAGCAAGCCAAAUUUUCAGGGCCAUCUCCCCCACUGACCCAUCUGCUAACCCACCAAUGUCAUAGUUUAGGAUGAAGGACAACUCUUGAGUGAGCCUUUCUUCAGGAUCUCCAGCUGGUCUUUCUUUCGACCCCAAGGUUCAGCUGCCCUGAAGGAUAUUUCCAUCAGGCAGCAUUGCUGAGGUGGCCAUUCACCGCUGAGGUGGAUGAGGUGAGACUGGAUGCUGAGAGAAAGGGGGAAACUAAAAUUUGAGCACUUCACCAUAGAUUGAAUGACCUUGUUUUUUGCACUGUGUAAUGCUGUGGAACUGAAAACUCAUGAGCAACACAAGGGGAAACGAUGUUGAAACGUAUUGGAGACCAUUCCUUUUGAAUAAAUGUGUCCACAAGUUCCAUGAUCCUCAGCAGCUUGAUGUGUGUAGCUAUCUCCUGUAAGGCCCUACUCAUUCCAGGGCCCAGGUCUGACAGCCAGUCUUUGUUGUGUUGGCUGAUCUCAGCUGAGUUGGUUACAGUGCAAAACUGAGCUCGGACAGAGGCCCUCAGGUAAAGGGAAGAGAAAAAAUUAAGGCAGAGCUCCUGACAUUGAGCUUUCCCUGUAAGCAGGUAUUCAGAAUUCACUGAGUGUGAUCAGGGCCAGUUCAUCCAUCUCAGAGAAUCUUUUUAAAAGUUCAAUUUUGGGAUGUGAGCAUCACUAUCUGGGUGACCUUGAUUGCCCAUCCAUAAUUUCUUUCCCUGAAGGCCACCGGUGACCACCAUGACAAUCCAUCAGUUCUGUGAUUUCUUUUGUUUAAUCAUUCAUGGGAUGUGGGUAUCACUAUGAUUUAUUGCCAUUUUUUAAAACACACAUGGUGGGGGAAGUGGAGCAUGGGAGGGCUACACCCACAGUGCUGUUAGGAGGCAGCUAUAGGAUUCUGACCCCAAAUUAUGGUUAUUAUUAAUGACUAGAACUUAUUCCAGAUGUAGCUAUGAAUUUAAAUUCUCCUAAAGGCCAUUGGUGAGCAGACCAUUACAUGUGGCAUCUGAAUUACAAGUCCAGUCACAUGUUACCACUAUGUUACCUCUUGUCUUGUUAGAGAGCAGGUAUGAUUUUCCCACAGCUGUGCAGAUUAGGUUCGUAUGAACUAAUAACCCACUGCACAUACACUUGGCUAUUUUGCCUUCUGCAUUCAAUAAUCCAUGGCCAAGGUAUCAGAGGGUUCAUGCCCACUAUACCCCAGAUUUCCUGUCGGUGGAGGGAAUAAAAUUCGAUGAUAAGGAGGAACUAAUUCCAAACACACACUAACUUUAGAUUGUUGCCAUUUAUCUCUGUUGGUUGAUUGGUCUGGAACUGGGCAGUGAACAGCGCAAGAAUAAUGUUACAAUACUAUGGUAAAAUAAUGAACUCAUGCCUGGCUUACAUUAACAGAAAGAAGAAGAAACAUUUUACUGGCCGCUUUCCAACAGAGCUUUUCAAACUCCCAUUUUUCACUUUCCACAGCCAUUUUGCAUUCUAAAGCCAACCACAUGUGGGUGGCAUGGUGGCUCAGCGGUUAGCACUGCUGCCUCACAGUGUGAGGGAACUGGGUUCGAUUCCAGCCU